CCUACAGGAAUGUGACAGGAAUACCAAGUUCAAAGGUGAAGAGAAAAUGGCGUAAACUCAACGUCAUGUUUCUUCGUCAGAAAUUCGCAAAUUUACCAGCUAGCGGUUCAUAUAUUAAGCCAUUAUUCUUAGACUGACCAGUUAUGGAUUCUCCGAAAAACGUUAACAGUGAAAGAUCUGCCCUUCUGCAUCCUAAUCCUUCAUUGUACACGAGAAGUAUAUCGCAAGAGGAAGCUAUACUUCAUCUUUCGAAGUCAAAAGAACGUUUCUUCGGCGUGUAUAGGUUGUACGGAAGAAGAUGGUAUGUUCUUUUGGUGCUUUUUGUCCUGAAUGUCUCUAACGCGAUGGUGAGUUGACAAAGCAGUCGUUCAAUGUCUUAAGUCAGUAUGAUAUUUCAUCAAUUAGAGCUUCAAAGAUGUUGAAGCUCGAUCGAGAACCACAGGCAACCCAAGCACAAAAGCGUUUGUAUGACAUACAUAAGGAACAAAUAGAUGUAAAUGGGUAAAAUUCCUCAAGCGAGUACGUGUAUCAUUACCUGGUAUCGCCAUUUUUAUUUGUUGCUGGUUUUUUUCUUGUACAGUUUCAGCAUGAUUUGAGUGGUUUUACCAGCGUUUUAGAUCAGCUUUAGGUUCAUCCCUUCAUCCCUUCCCCCCUCCCCCCCCCACCAAUGUUACACCCCCAAAAAGACUCAUUUUAACCCUAUUUGCCAAACAUUCAGCAUUGUUUGAGGUGGGAGGGGGAGGCCACCAGUUUUACUAAAAAUAUUUAACAAUUAUUCCACAAGUGCUCGUUGGAUAUGAGAUGGUAGAUAGCCAACAAGGCGCAUAGCACCGAGUUGGCUAUAAACAUCUCAUAUCCAACAAGUGCAAGUGGAAUAAUUGUUUUAUAAAAGAAUGCCCACAAAAUAUCCGGAGCUCUUCCCGACCUUAUUUUUAAAAACAACGGAUUUUCAGCUUGUUUUUAAUUUUGAGCAGAUGCAUAUCCCAGUUACAAUAUUUGGAGAGCAUGGUAUAAUGGCUCAUAUACCAUGAUAGCUGAGCCAAUCAGAGCUCUAGAAUUGCAUUAUCCAAUGAUUCAGAUUUUAAUAAAUAUAAAGAUAUCACUGGAAAGGUUCUAACACUUUUGACCCCCACUGUAGAGGCAACUUUUGAUACACACUGUUUACAGGUAGCCAUUAUGACACCUGAAGGAGGAUCAUGAGGUUAUCCCUAUACAUGUAUUAAGAUCCUUCCUAGAAGAUAACCCACUCAGCCCAGCAAAGGUGGGCCACACCAAUCGGGUCUACGUCCCCUACUCUUUUCGAACAGUGGUGUCGGUUCUUUUAUGUCCCACUAGAACCACAUAAUUGAAAGUACUGUCAGAUGGGACCUACAGUUUUUCAUCCUUAUCUGAGAAGACUAGAAAGUCUUACUGUAGAUGUCAUUAUAAAGGCAGGACUUUCUCAGUUAUUUAAAACCCUGAGCAUUGGACAGACUGGGUUAUGAACCCGCGACCUCCCAAUCAGCAGACCAGUGCUCUCUCAACCGAUGGUCUUUACUUCAUGUCAGACCUCACAGAAUUUCCUGAGCCACACCCUGUGUUGAUUUGUGUUUAUUUUUGCAGGAGGGGUAGGGGCCGGGCGUUUCUGGUUUUGGUGGGUACUGCUUAAAAGACAAUCUCAGAGUUUAGAUCUUCCAAGGGUGGUGCCUCUGUUUUUAAUGUAUAUCUUACUAUAAAAAUUAUCAUGUUUUAUCACAUAGCUAUGGUUGUCAUUUGCUCCAAUCGCUGAUUACACGGCUGGAUUUUACCAGAAAUCUGUUAAUGAUAUCAACUGGCUUUCCAUUGUUUAUCUUGUUUGCUAUUUGUUGUUUGGCUUGGUGACCAUGUGGAUUCUGGAUGUUCUUGGAUUACGAACAGGGGUGAGGAUUUUGCUUUUAGUGUCGGAUAUACAUUUUCUUUGUUUCAACUGAUUUUUAAUAAAGCAUUUGAUGAUUGUUAUCUUUCUAGUGGAUACAUGUAGCUCAUUUGGGUGAUCAAAAACUUUUAUUACAGUCGUGGAACCUCAAUACAACAAACCUCUAUACAUAUAGGAGAUCCUUAAUAUAGGGUUGACCUUUGGGGUUCCUUUUUCUUAAUAACUGCACUUGUUUGUAACAAUGCUUGCUUUUUUGAAAUAAAGUAUUGUAUUUUAUAAAAUAACUAAGAUAGUACAAGCGCUCUGAUUGGCCGAGAGGAGUGUUUGCAUGAGAAUAUGAAAACAUUGUUGUGGCGUCAAGGUGUUUUGCUUUUUGCGUGCUAAUCACGCAAGCACAAAUUUGAAAAAGUUUUCGAGUUCAAAACUCGUCAAGUUUGCUUUAUUUAACAAUUCCUCUGUCGGCUGAAACUUGGAUAAUCAUUACAAAGAAGGAGUGUGAAUUUUUUUUCGCUUAAGCUGACAGUUUAAGCGAGAAAAAUCCAUAUUUUGAAUAGCAUCUUCUUGCAAAACAAGAACUGAUUACGCGUGCAAGACGUCGUGUACAAGACUUUGCCACUGGUAAGAAUUUCUCUUUUAAUCAGUACCAUAACAGAGUUUUGCGUUUUUUCUCAGGAAAGUUAUUUUAUAAAAGCAAUAGAGAACUUUUUUCCUGUGUUUGCAUAGCCUGAUCGACUUCGUCUCGGGUUUGCAUAACUGUCUCGAAUUCUCCCAACCCCUCUCGUGUGUAUAUCAGGCUAUGCAAACAUGGAAAACGUUUUCUAUUGCUUAAAUAAUGAAGUCCUCAGUCUGAUGAAUGAUGUUUUUUACCCCAGUAAUAAUAAAAUAAUGAAAAAGAACCUUGAUAUAACAAAUCCUCAUAGCUAUUUUGCCACCCUUCGUACUUAUACUAAGGUUCCACUGUAUUUUCACCUUUAAAAGAAAAACAUUGAACCUAAUGGGCAGUUUACAACAGCAUCAAGGCUAUGCUCUAAGAAAAAUUGAAGUUAACCCAGUGCUUAAACCUGUGAAAUUCAGGAUGCUCAGUAUAAGACUUCUAUGAAAAAAAAGAUGUCCAAAAGCAAAAAUGAGGUGCCACUUGGCACUGCUAGAGCACAUGAGCACAACCCUAUAAGCAUACAUGCAUGCAAGGUUUUUUUUGUCCAAAUGUUAACAUGUUGGUCCAUUUAGCUUACAGAACCUUUUUCUGUCUAUUUAGAUUCUUUUAGGUGCCUGGCUUAAUGCUGUGGGAGCAGCAGUCAGAAUAUUAAGUGGAACUGAGUUUGUCCAUACGAACUCCAGAUUUGUUGUAGUGAUGAUUGGUCAAACCUCUGCAGCAUUAGCACAACCUUUUCUUCUUGGUUCCCCAACUAAGCUGGCUGCUGUGUGGUUUGGAGCAGAUGAAAGAGCUACCGCGAACAUGAUAGCUUCAUUGAGUGAGCUCAGUCUUCAAAUGAAGAAAAAUUUUAUUUUCAAUUGAUAAAGUUGCAAUUUUUGUUGCAUUAUAGCAACUUGCUGUUCAUUGACAUUUUAAUACAGAAUGGAACCUAGACAUACAUGUAGAACCUCCUCAAAAGAUAUAAGAACUGCUCAUGCCUGAACUGCAGAUUUGUAAUCCGUUAGUCAAAUUAAUAUUAAUUUAGUAUAUUAGUAAUGCAUAUCACACAUUACACUUGCCUCAAGUUAGUUAAUUAUAAUGUACAUCAAAUUUUUACAAUAUCUUUAUUUUUAAGUCUACUCCAUUUGACAGGAUUAAAAAAGAGAAACUUACUGUAUUUCCUGGAAUAAUAGCUGUCCUUCGAUUAAUCGCCUCCCUUUGACUAUCUGCUCCCCUUAGAUGGAAAUAUUGAAAAUAAUCGCCUCCCUCAAAUAAUCCCACCCCCACCCCUCUUGCCAUCUUCUCUUUCUUUUAUCCCCUCCCUGUCAAGUUGAAGUGGAGUCUGAUCCAGCAAAACUGAUCAGUGAUGAUUCAUGCUCUGAUGCCAAGAAUAUUGACACUGAAAAUUAAUCAAGGGACCAAAUUUGGAACACUUAGAAAGCCAAUGUUGAAUUAUUUUGAUGUGAUCAUUUUUUGGUUAAAUGGGAUAAUAAAACAAAAUAUUUAGGGCACAAAUUCCAGUGAGCACUACUUGAAAUAAUCGCCUCCCUCAAAUAAUCGCCCCUUUCUGUGUGAAAAAAAUACAUGUAAUAAUCACCCCCAACUGUCAUUCAAGGAAAUAUGGUAUGUCAAGUCACCCACAAGCAAAUGAUCAAGCUAGAAAUUCUGAGAUUGCCUUUUCUAUAGAUCAGAUGAAGUUCCAAGUUUUUAAAUGUUUGUUUGAUGAAUUUUUUCACUUUGGUCUCCAGGUAAUCCUGUAGGUGUUAUGGUGGCUAAUGUGCUAGGCCCAGUUCUUGUUAAACAUAACAAUGACAUACCUUUCAUGGUAGGCUCUUUCGCAGUUGCUUUAAUGUUGUCACAUCAACUCCAACUUUACUUCUCACUGCUAAGAAUAAGUUUGUCCAGUCUGUCUAAACACUGUGUGAAGAUCGCUAAAUCACUUGUCGUCAUAAUGACCACAGUUAAUAGUGUACCAAAACAACUAAAUGGCAGCCAUGUCUGUGUACCAAAAAAAACCCUGUGGGGAUUAAACUGUUUUCUCAUAUUGAAACUUUCAUUUGUUCCAAGAAAUUUUAAGUAAUGUGAAAACAGUCUUAAGUCAUGGCAUGAUGUCAUGUCCCAGAAUUGUUGUUGCCUGUCAAUAUAAAUGUAAUGCUAACAUAAUUUGCUAAAAAUUACGAUAUUUGUGUGGGUCUUAUUAUCAUUAAUUUUAUGCUCAAUUUAUUUCCUUAGUUAGAAAUGUUCUCUGUUCCUGCCUUUCUUGGUGUUACCAUGGCAACUCUGGGAGUGUGCAGCAGCUCCCCACCCACCCCUCCCACAGCUUCAGCAGAAUCAAAGUCAGAGCCUUUCUUCACAGGGCUUAAAAAGGUGGGUGGAUGGCAACUUAAAUACUCCUGAUAUUCUACUGAAGGCAAUCUUACCUAGCUUUAUUUGUAGCUUCACUUUGUGAACGUUCACAGACAAAGACUUCCGUAAUACUAACCCAUUUUCUAAAGGACUCUUCUUGUAGAAAAAAAUGUUCAUGGACAAUGACAGUGAUCUUAGAUGAUUGUAAUUUUCAUAACGACAUGACUCCAUUGCAUUUUUAAAAACUGAUAACUUUUGCUGACAGAAACAUAUUAAUUAAUUAUUAAAUUGCUAUGUCAUUAUCGCGGGUGACAAGAGGAACCCACAAUCCUAAUCUUCAGGUUGCUAUUACGCAUACACAGCAUGUAUAUACAGUGAGUAGCCAGCUUUACUUGGACUUCCACUAAAAAUGAAUGGAAUGUAUCGCAGGUAAUCUGAUCAUGCGCAUUUGGACCUUCUAUCACUUGUAGUUUAAUCACACAUGUUUUGACCAUCUAUCACGUGAAACUUAUGCAAAGAAUAGCGUUUGAACAAAAGCGUUUAACCUUCAAUCAUUUUUGCCCACACUCUGUAACCCUUGAUUACUACUAGUUAAUAAUUACUUCUUGCUGUCAAAUUUGUUGAACUCAUCUUUUCAGAUUUUACAAAACAAGGCAUACCUGGUGUUGAUGAUUGCAUUUGGUAGUGGGAUUGGUCUUUUUACAUGUCUAACAACCCUCCUGGAGCAGGUCAUUUGUCCACGGGGCUAUAAUGAUGUACGUUUCUACAGAUUAAACAUGUUGGCAUCAGAUUUUUUUCUGGCUGGCAAAACAGGUUUUAUUAAUCAAAAGCAUAAGAACCCACCUGUAAUAUGUAUGGCUAUGCAAAUGACAAGUCUUUCUUUUGAUAAAAGGAAGGUGGGUACAUACUCAUCAAGACAGCACCUGACCAGUCUUUCUGUGAAGUAGGCUUGGGCGGGGAACGGGGGUUACUGUCAUUAUGGGCUAUAUAAAUUAUUAGGUAUGUGCCGCUUUGUGCAUAGGUUUACAUUAUUUUCAAGCAGUUAAGUCUGGGAUAGGUUAUAGAAAUCAGAGAAAUUUGGCUAGAAAAGAGUAUCAUUUUCCAGGAAACUGCUUGAUCAGUCAGUUAUUGGUUGAAGAUUUUAGUCUGGACUCAGAAAACCGGGAAUUGACACUCAAAAAAUGUAAUUGGAAAAUUUAAAUUUACCUGCAUCUCAGUUUAAUAGCCAAAAAAGUUGUGAGUAGAUGACCUUAUUAAAUAUAGCGACUCUAGGAUGGUGAGUGGUGACUCAGGGUUGUCACUAAGAUUUCAAGUUGUCGUGUAAAGACAACAGUACAUGUAGGUGGGGAAUCGAACAGCUAGGGAUGUCUUUUGGUUCCAGAUUUCUUUUAAGUCCAAUAAAAGGAGCCAGGAGCCACACUCAUUGUAGCCGGGGGGAAAUCCCCGGCCCCUGGCUCUUAAUGACCGCCUCGGUGACAGGAGCUUAGUCUUGUAUAGGGUAGCAACAUUCAGCUGAAUACUAGGUGUGGUAUAAGCUAAGGUUUCAAGGAUCUGAGCGUCACACCCCCGCUCACCCAUCCCUUCCACCCUGUCCCCCUGGGAGUAGUCGUUCACAUCUCCACUCACCCAUCCCUUCCACUCGGUCCUUCUGGGAGUAGUUGUUCACAUCCCCACCCAUCCCUUCCAACCAGUCCUCCUGGGAGUAGUCGUUUACAUCCCCACUCACCCACUCACCCAUCCCUUCCACCCUGUUCCCCUGGGAGUAGUCGUUCCUGGCUGCUACAAUAGCUUGACGUCUUUCCUAAUAUUGGCCAGAGUGAAUGAUUAGAUAGUUAAUGAUAUUUUAUUACUGCUCAUUCUUUCAGGAAAUGGCAGGCGUAGCGGGAGCAGUGUUAAUAGCUGUUGGUCUGUUAGGAGGAGGUUUAGCUGGUGUUUAUAUUGACAAGACCAAGAAGUUUGAAGAAACCGCCAAAGUUGCAUAUGGUCUAGCAGCAGUAUCAUGUGCCCUUUUUGCUGUUGUAAGUUUGAGUAAUAUAGCGUAAUACCUAAUUUUUCGCUUGAAAUGUGAAGUCUCCUGGUGAAAAACUCACGGAUGUCUCAAUCUUGGACAAAACCAAGGAUGGUUGAUACCAUAAAAUUCCGAAAAUAAGCCCCUCCAUGCAUAACGCCCUCGAAAUAUAAGCCCCCCAAACUCGUAACGCAAAAAACCCUCCGUUAAAUCGCCCCUCCAAAUAUAAGCCCCGCGGGGGUUUGUACUUGAAAAUUGCCCUCAAAUACAAAGUAAAAUAAAGCAAAAACUGUAAAUUUCCUUCCAACUGUAAGGCUAGCCCAAUCGAUUUUGAAACGCAAAUUUCCCUUCAUAGAAAAGCCCCUCCAAAAAUAGCAACUCAAACAAGGCUUUGAAAAAUAUAAGCCCAGGGGCUUAUUUUCGGAUUUUUACGGUAACUUGUUUCAACCACGUCGACAUUUUCGCUGAAACCCGUAGUAGAUUGACGACGACUAUCACGUUUCCCCCCUAAAUAACGCUGGUUCACACGCGCGCACUAGUUAGUAUUGAAGAAAUCUCGUUCUCGUAGUCCUCGUUUUAGAAGCCAUAGGUCUUUGUGAAAUGAGUGCCCCUUGCCCCCUCCCACCCCAAGAACCUUAAGACAAAGGAAAGGACUCACUGGUAUUAAGAAUCGUGGUCGUUUUCGCUAACGAGAGCUUUUCGUCAAAGAGUUUGAAGAGAUAGUUCAAAUGGGGUUUAACAAUAGCCUGCGUACGAAGAGCUCGCUCAGAAACGCUCGUUACGCAGGCUUGCCUGUACAAUGCUGCUGGUCCCAACUAGAAGUGGUGGUUUACGAGAGUUGUCGCAGGGAUAGCUUACAUAGUACAGUGGAACCCUGCCCUACGGAUCCCCAUAUAAAACGACCAGUUUCGUUUGUUCCGACGAAAUGCUCAUGCAUCUUAUCGAAAAUUAACCCGCUUUUAAAGUACGAACACUACUUAAUACGGACUACAGACACUAUUCUAUGUCCCGAGUCAGAUGUCAUAAAUCGUUAGCCUCGCUGUGCGGAAACUGGUUAUCAGCACAAUGUAUUUAGAGAGCUUUAGAUUUGAGGACAAGAACGAGUACAAGUACGACAUUACAUUUAAAGUUUUUGCGCGUGUUGUCAAAAAAAAGAGACUCCCCGGAAAGCUUCAUUUUCCUUUUUUUUUUUGUCACAAAAAAUUUAGUACGGUUAUUUAUACUGAAGGGGGUUAAGCCCUCUCUCGAUAGCAAAAUGAUAAAAUUUCUUACAUUUGAUAACAUUUUCCCGCCACUACGACAUUCUCGCGAAAACUCGUAGUAGAAUGACGACGGCUAUCACGUUUUCCCGGCAAAAUGAGGCUAGUUCACGUGUGAGCAUCUUCGUCCUCGUCUCAAAAUAUAAGCUCUCUUUAUACCGAAUAUCUUAUCAAUGAAAACCUAGCACAAACAGCGAAUUACCUUUUAAACAUUCUGUCUAAUGUUCAGUCCUCCUGGCCUGAGUUGCAAGCUAAAAGCGUCAGUAUAAAGUAAAGUUAUGGAUUUCAUCGUUGUAUUUCAAGACAAGAAUACUUGAAGGGUAGUUUUACUCUGAGACUGAUAAAUGAUAGUAAGGUUUCUUAAGAUUGAACUUGUUAAAAUUACAGAUAAAUGUUUAGACUUUUUUUAGACUUUAGACUCGGACACCCAGAUAAUACGGACAUUAUUGCAUGUCCUCUCGUUGUCCGUAUUAACCGGGUUCAACUGUUCCUCUCUUCUUCAGAGUCCUUGCAAGCUAACUAUAAAUAUCUCUGUUUGUUAUCAGGUAGCAAGGAUGCCUCAUCAGCCUGUUCUUAUUGUUGUUAGCUGCGGUUUAUUUGGCUUCUUUGCGUUCGCUCUUAUGCCCGUCUGUUUGGAAGUCGGGGUGGAGUGUACCUAUCCUGUGGCUGAAGCAACAAGUGCAGGCCUACAGUGGAUGGCUGGGUAUGUUGUGUACGAUGUACACAAGGCAACAGGGAAAGCAGGCAAAUCAACAAAAAAAAAUUAGCUUUGAAACGGACACUCUAAACCUCCAAGCAAUCAACGAAGGCUUUUCAUUCAACUAAUUAAUAACUAUGAUGUAAUCGAUCUUAUUAUUCAUUCAGAAUAAUUUUCCGUUUCUGAUUGGCUAAAAUCCCACGCAUAAUUAACAAUUAUUCCUCGAGUCCGAAUGGGCUCUGAGUCAAUAGCCAUUUAGUCUAUUGACUCAGAGGCCAUGAGAUAAGGGAUAAGGGAAGGGGGGCGGUCUCAAAAAAAAAAUUUUUUUUUGCCCUUCGGGCCUCAGUUUGGUCUAAAAAUAAGGGGGCCGGGUUCCUCCCCUGCAUCCGCCACUGAAGAUCCUGGAGUGUCUAUAAGGUCAUUUACGGUGCCUAAGUCCACUUUUUUCGUUGUUUUCGAGCUAAAAGUAAAACCAGUUCUACUUUGCACAUAAAUGGAAUUACCUGAUUUGGAUAAGAGAACUAAGGCCCUGACCUCACUAAUGCAGUGUGUGUAUGUCCCUUAUUCUCCCGAUUUGCCUCGCUCGCCACUUUUUGGGGACCCUUUAUCUCCCGCAAUUCUCAAUUGAAGAACUUCGCUGAGCUUCAAGCAAAGAGAUGUUGGUAAGAUUUACAAUAUGUUCGUGGAAUAGCAGAGUUAUGAUCCUUUUUUAUGUCUUUUCUUUUUCAGUCAAGCCACCGGUAUCGUUUUCAUCUUACUUUGCCAAUUGUUAGAAGUUCCAAGACGUUUUAAAGACCACAAAUGUCAUGGGAAAUCUAAGGGCGACAAAGUCCCAGACUUUGAAAGGGCCAUGUACUUUAUGACAUCAACAGCGGUUGCUAUGGCAAUUCUCCUUAUUUGUACGUUCAAGCCUUCCUAUAAACGCCUGGAAAUGGAGCGGAGGAGAGCAGCAAUGAGAAUUCUAAACGUAGGAAAUCAGGGGAGAUUACCUACCUUCCCUAGCAAUGGAUCUAUCUCAGAGAAUGGGGGAGAUGUUCCAGGGUCACCCUAA